AUGCAAAGACUAUACAAUUUUGAGGAUGGUAGUGUAUAUGAGGGAUAAUGGUCUAAUAAUAAAUAGAAUGGGCAAGGGAAAUAGAUCUAUCCUGAUGGCAGUUCUUAUGAUGGGAAUUGGAGUAAUGGUAUGAAGAAUGGGAAAGGGAUUUACAAUUAUUCUGAUGGUAGCUAGUAUUCUGGAAUGUGGAAGGAUGAUCAAAAGCAUGGUGUAGGGAAAUAUAAAUAUAAAGAUGGGAGUUAUUACGAUGGUGA